UCGGUGGGCCAAUCGACACACGCGCAUUAGCGUGCCGAGCGGACGUGCAAGAGGCGUUUCGAAACGCGACGCAGCCGACGGCGCCGCCGCGACUUUGCUCGCAGCCCCGGGCUGCCCCCCGGCGCCACCAUUGCCGAGCGCCCGGCCCUGAAAGACAUCGGCGGCAGGAUGUCUGAGACUGAAAACGGCGCCCCGAAGGCGCCCGACAAGGCCAUGCAGCACGCUUUACUCAAAGAAAAACGCGCUCAUGAAACCUGCGAACGGCUAAGGGCGCAGUGCAAGACGCAGGCGUCAUUGAUGUGCCGGCUCUUCGCUACGAAGUUGCAGGAACAACAAGCGAUCUGCGCUCGAGCUAUCUCAGCGCCGCCGGGAGAACGCGCACAAGUCCAAGCGGAAGCCGAUGCCUUCGGCGCGUCGACGCGGUGGAUCCUCGAGGAGGCCGCCGCUGCCGGUCUAGCUCAGGCUCGCGACAAGGAAGUAGAAGCUCUACGAGAGGAGAACGAGACGCUACGGAAGAAGGUUUCGGAGCUAGAGACGAAGUUAAUAGAUAACAACGCCAUUAUCAUCGAACCGGAGGAGCCGCAAUCAUCGUUGCUCAUGCGGCGGCUCGAAGAUGAGAGGGAUAAAUGUCGGGACGAGGCUCGGGCAGCUAGAGGUAGAGUAUUGGAGCUGGAAGGAGGCAUGAACGCGCGGCAAGCGGUCGACGGCGAGGUCGCCGCGCUCAGGAGGGAGGUCGCGGCACUACGAGCGUCGUCGAAUGGUCACACCGUCGACCCGGACGAGAUCAAGCGCCUCAAGAAGGAACACAAGGCCGCUCUGAAGGCCGCGCUGCGCGACGGCGGUUCCUCAUCGGAGCGCGAGAAGGAGGAGUUGAUGGCGGCCAUGGAGCGGGAAGUGGAGCAGGCGCGCUCGCGGCGUCCUUCACGCCCUCGACGCGACUCGUGGCCAUCAGACGAGGUCGUGGGUGGUUUCUUUUUUGAUUUUGAGCACACAGGUCGUCGGCGAGGAGCGCGCGCGCUUCGACAAGGAACGAUCUCGGCUCGAGAAGGAGCUCCGGAGGGCGAAGAAGGGCUCGAAGGCCUCCGGUCAACAACUAGCUGUAUUGCGAGACCAAGUCAGGGCCGCCAAGACGGAGAUCCAAGCAGCUAAACAGGACGCGAAACGCAUCCUGCAAGAGUUACCUCAGCUCGCGAAGCAGACCUGUCACUUAUUAAUGAAACAGUGCGGCAAUAUGGCCCACGAGGUCCAGGAGGCGAAACGGAAAUACCACAAGGAGUUGGCUGAAAGAAAGCGAUUACAUAACCUGGUCCAGGAGCUGCGGGGCAACAUCCGCGUCUACUGUCGCGUGCGACCGGUGUCGUCGAGAGAGCUGGAGAACGGCGGCGACGAGGGCUGCAGGCAAUGCGUGCAAUUCCCGGAGGACGGGAUUUCGGUGGAAGUGCGAAGUGCGAAGAAGGAGAAGACCUUCGAGUACGACCAGGUCUUUGCCUGCGACUCGACGCAGGAAAAAGUUUACUCCGAGAUCGCGGAUUUGGUCGUGUCCGUGUUAGAUGGCUACAACGUGUGUAUCUUCGCGUACGGGCAGACCGGUCUUGUUUCGGCGUCCCGUUUUCUUGCCCAUACGCCAUCGACGCUCCCUCGACGCAGGCUCGGGCAAGACCUACACCAUGAACGGCCCGCCCGAAAAUAGAGGAUGCAACCUCCGGGCCCUCCACGAUUUGUUCGUCAAGUCCAAGGAACGACGUAGAGAUCAGAUCGAGGACGUCAUCACGGUGUCGGUCCUCGAGAUCUACAACGAGUCCAUCCGAGAUUUAUUGAGGGACCCCUCGAAGGGCCUGAAGAAGCUCGAGGUGCGACGGGGCGAGCGGGGCAACUACGUCCCUGAUUUGACGACGGUCGAGGUGCACGACGACGCCGAGGUGUUGGAAUUGAUGGACAUGGCCGACUCCGUGCGCGCGGCCGCGUCCACGGACAUGAACGAGCACUCUUCGCGUAGUCACAUGCUGUUGAGUGUCCAUGUCGAUACUUUGCAUAAAUCUUCGGGCAUGCGGACGUUCAGCAAGUUACACCUCGUGGACCUGGCCGGUUCGGAACGCAUCAACAAGUCGAACGCCACGGGCCAAGCUUUGAAAGAGGCCCAGAACAUCAACAAGUCUCUGAGUGCCUUAGGUGAUGUCAUCGCGGCGCGCGGGGCCGACCAGAAGCACGUCCCGUUCCGCAAUUCGACACUCACACACUUACUGCAAGAUAGUAUCUCGCAGGACUCCAAAACGCUCAUGUUCUGCUGCAUCUCGCCCGUGACCUAUAAUGUGGACGAGACCUUCUGCACGCUCAACUUCGCCAGUCGUGUGGGCAACGUCGAGCUUGGGAAGGCUUCCAAACAAGUUGUUGGUGGGGGGAAGGCGCGGCGGUGAUCUGGGUAAGUUUUUUCUGUUAAA